AUGCCAAAAAUAUCUUAUAGACCGGCACUCGCAAGCCACUCACUAGGUCGCGCUUGCGUCCAUGGCCUUCCGGAAAAGUUCACUGCGGCUGCUAAUGCUGGCCUGCCCGGCAUUGAAAUCUUCUUUGAGGACCUUCUCUACCUGGCAGACACCUUCCCCGGCGGCUCGUCCCUCCCAAGAAACCAGAUCCUUGCCGCGCGCCAGAUCCGAUCUCUCUCCGAUUCCCUCUCCCUAACCAUCAUGGCCCUCGGCCCCUUCAGCGACUGCGAAGGUCUCCUAUCUCCUACUGCUCGUGCUCGUGCUGCGAAGUUGCAAAAAUUACGUACCUGGUUCGAGAUCGCUCGGAUAUUGGGCACGGAUAUCAUUCAGAUUCCCAGCACAUUCCAGACGGAGGGUAUGACAGCAGAUAUGGAUGUCAUAGUCCAGGAUUUAAGAGAGAUAGCUGCGUUGGGGGCAAGAGAGACACCACCAAUCCGGUUCGCGUACGAGAACUUGUGCUUUGCGACGUUCAAUGAUACAUGGGACAAAGCGUGGUCGGUAGUGAAAAACGUUGAUAGGGAGAAUUUCGGGUUGUGUCUGGAUACAUUUAAUAUUGCCGGAAGCGGCUGGGCCGACCCUGCAGCCCGGGACGGGAAAAGAGAAAACGCGGAUCGACUCUUCAAAGAGAGUUUGAGGAGGUUCGUUGCAGAGGUGGAUGUGCGGAAGGUGUUUUAUGUGCAGGCUGUUGAUGCCGAGAGGCUGGAGAGUCCUCUGGAUGAGACACACCCUUUCUUUGUGGAAGGGCAGAGGCCGAGAAUGAGCUGGAGUAGGAACGCGAGACUGUUUGUGUGUGAGCAAGAGAGAGGAGGAUAUCUUCCUGUGGUAGAUGUGCUGAAGGCCAUAUGUGAUAGUGAUAGGGGGUUGGGAUAUAGCGGGUGGAUCUCAAUGGAAUACUUCAAUAGGAGUUUGUUUGAGCAAGGGGCCCAGGUGCCAGAAGAACAUGCAAGGAGAGCGGUGCAGUCCUGGCAAAGGUUGGUGAAAAUUAUGGGAUGGGAGGAGAUGGAGGAAGACCUUUCUAAAAAGCCAACGACUAUGGUCAACAAGGUUGGGGGCAAGAAAUUGGAAGCGGGAGCAAGAUUAUAA